CAAAAUAUGUGUAACCGGCCAAUAGUAUUUUAUUUGAUACACACAGACAUCUAGCUGACUCUUUUACCCCCAACCACUUCACACACACACUGAGAUUGAGAGAAAACGUAACCCGCUCACCCACCCUAAUCUAAUUUGCAUACAAAAACUAACCUUUGUCCUCCCGUGAAUGCCCAGCUUCCGCUUGACAGGUAAAUCCCCUGACGUCUCCAACUCCAGAGGACCUUUUUCAUGAAAAUACAAAAUAAAAGACACAGGCCUGUCUGUUAUCCUCCAAGAAAUAGCCUAUAUCUGGACAAAUAUACUGCAACAGUAUGUGUGGUUUCGGGUUAGAUUUCCCACACGGCCGUAUCUCCAUGUUACAGCGUGUGCUUGCGGAAGACGGACAUAAAACAGAGGGACCACCUGUACUAAUUAGCUAUCUAGCAUGCUCCAAAAACCUGUGGGUAAUAGAAGGCCGCCAGAAACGGGUUGUCAUUGAACAAUUCUGUCGGCUGCAACUGUGAUAAAGCCAGUUAAAAGUGUACAAUAAGGAGAAGGGUCCGGGGUGGCUGAUGAAGAAGGGGUUUACUCUGAUCCUAGUGGGCCACAUCAACUUCAUCCUUGGAGCCAUCGUUCACGGUAGCAUCUUGCGUCACAUCUCCAAACCCAACAACCAGAUCACCACCGAGUUCACCGCAGCCAACAUCAUCUCUGUCACUUCUGGACUACUGAGCAUUGCAACAGGAAUCAUUGCCAUAUUGGUGUCAAGAAAUCUGCCAGUUUGGAAACUGCACAUAGGUCUUCUGAUUAGUUCCUUCCUGAAUGCCCUACUCUCUGCGGCCUGUGGCAUUGGGCUCCUAUUGGCUAUUAGCCUCACAAUUACCAAUGAGGGGCGGGGCCUCAUGAUGGGCUGCAACUUCACUGACCAGCCAAUCAACGCCCGCUCGCCAGUCAACGCGGACUGUCCCUUCGACACCACACGGAUAUAUGACACUACCCUGUCUCUGUGGUUCCCAUGUGUUCUGCUGGCAGGACUGGAAACAGGACUGUCCAUCUGGUGCUUCGUAGUGGGACUGGUACUGAGGGGUCUAGGACCCUGCUCACACGCAUACCUCAAAGAACAGCUGGAGGAAGAGGCUCUGACCAAUAGGGCAGCAGCAGAUCCAGAGUACUCACCCCAAGGCCAAAGCCUGAUUGGAUAGAGGACUGCCACAGUCAUGGAGGUGAGCGAUCAGUCCACCGGUGUUUGCCACUUCCCCCUAGCCCUUUCUCCUUUUUCUAUUUUAUGUUUUUGUUUUAAAAUAAUCUUUCAAGUUUUUUUUCUCACAUUUUACAAACAUAAUACAUUAAUUAAUAUAAAUGCUAAUAUUUUCACAUCCAUACCUGGGUUCAUAAUUAGGCUUCUUAACAUGAUUGACAUAUUUCUCCUUUUCCAUUCCUCUAGGUGGUGCCAUGGUGCCUAGUGCUACUUGUUUUAGUAAAUCCUAAAAAAUAUGAGUUCAUGGGUUAUGACUGCGCAAUUACUGUUUUACCAUGUCAUUUUAAAGUAAAUACUGGGUCAUUUCUGUACUGUAAACUGAAAUGCUACACAUCUAAUACAUUUUUUUUCAGAUCUACGGAAGUAACUAAUACCUCCCCUCUCAUGCUCUCUUCCCAACAUUUGUUUAAUGGCGAAAGUGAUGACUGAACCUCGUCCUCUUCAGAGAACCUCCCCGAUGCCACUCAUACCAAAGACUCUCCUCUCCCUCUCAGUGAGCGUCUAGACUGUAAGAUGACCAUGUAUUUGUUCACGUCUGCUGAGAAUGUCAACCCUCCCCUUGAUCCGCCAACAACAUUUCACAAAUGCCAAAUGACAAACGCCUUUAGUGUAGAGGUUAUUCAUGGGAUCAAUAUCCUCGUUAUAGUAUUCCGCUAUGAUCAUGGAAAUGAUUGUAUUUAAUCACAUUUGGCAUUUAUCAUGCCGUUAUGCCUAAAAAUCCUAGCUGCAUUUUAUUCUGAUUUAUGGGCAAUUCACGAUAUACUUUGUUUUACAAUUAAAGGUCAAAUGCACUGCAUUUCAAACAGUCAGCAAGAAUCUAAUGUAUUCGGGGCUUGUGAAGUUAUACCAAGGCUAAAUAUAAGCCUUCCAUAACCAUAAGACCCGCUAAUAUUGUUUAACCUGCUUUUUGCAAUAAUCACUGAUCUGGCUUUGAAUAUGCCCUUUUUGUUACAGUUAACCCGAACCAUGCCUAAUGCACAUUCACUUAUAAUGACUAACUUCUUGUAGCAGGCAUUAUAGAAAAUGAACACUUGUCUCAUAAACAAUCUCUCAAGCACAAGCCCACGUGCUACUGAGUAACCAGCUAAUCUUUAUAUUUCAAGUUUAGCCAACUUGGAUCUAUUUGCUGACAAAGUAGAACAGUUUGUUCUAACUUGUUAUGAACACACCCUUCUGUCCAUCUCCUAACUGUUUGAACGGCAUGCUAGCCUGUCGGAUAUUGAAAUCAAGUGGUCUACCUUAUUUCUCAAAAUGAGAAUGAAUAUUGCUGCACAUUUCUAAAACAGACUAGACAGCUAAUAUAACAGUCUUUGGCUAAAAUGCUGCUAGAGGUAUGUGGUACUGCAAUGCAGCGCAUGACAAACUGAGCAUUCGUUUUCCAAAAUUGAUACUCCUGUUUUAGUAGUCUGCUCUCGUGCAAUUUGAGGAGUUGAGACUUAAAAUGGUAUUUUUAGAGGUUAACUUAUCUGCUAUUACAGUAAAAAAAAAUACAAUCUCAAUGUCUUUCGGGGGUCCAUAUGACUGAUUCUGUUGGACCAAACCUCAAAUGCAAAUAGUGACUAGCAAGUUGAAGCCACUUGUCACAGAGUGAAUGAAGUGAUCUCUUGUCUUUGUUGUUGUGAGUGACUCGGUGUGUGUGUAAAUGUUAAGGUGCACAGUCACAGCAGAUGGAGCGAAGAAAACGAGACCAAAAAGGCAUGAAAACAAGCGGACAUAAACGCUCAUAAAAACUAAAAAUAAACAUACUUUUUGCAAUACAGGCAUUUGGAAUAUCGCGCAAAAACACUAAUUUGAAUUUAUUCAAUAUAAUCUCCCAGCCCUACUUGAUAUAUGUAGGAAUAUAGCAAUAGCCUGUCCGAGAAGGGCUCUGUGGUUCAAUAUCAACUGUCUUGAAUUGCAUCCUCUCCUAUCCCCCAGUUUUUUUCCUGAUGGUGCAUAUGAAGGAAAGGAAACGGGGAGAGGAAACCACUUUAGAGUACUGAGCCGCGUCCUAAGAGUUUGUUUCAGGCGUAGCUGGGGUGGGCUCGCAUUCCCCAACACCAGGCAGAAGCGAUCAGCUCAGCGCUGAUGCGGUUAAUCUGGGGCUGGGUUAAAUCGAGCAUGGUGUAAUCUUUGCAUGCAAGGCUAAUCCCCCAAACUGAGGGGAAAAUCAAUAUUGACAUAAGGAGGUGACUGACACUAUAAAGCGGGUUACCUGUGCGUGCCCGGCUGAAGGUUGUCCCUCCAGGGCUGCUGUAUGUUGUUGAUACCACAGUAGUAAUACUACAAUGUGGUUUUGGAGUGAUAAGUUAAUGUAAGGCUACUCAUCAAGAUGAGCUGGAUUUCAGAGUUUAAACCCUGGUGGGUUGUCUGGAUUGUGCUCUAUCGGAAUGUGGUUCAUUAAUGUUUUGUGUAUAAGAGUUGGGUCAAUAUCCUAUUUAUACAGUAAAUGAAGUUAAUUUCAAUUCAGUUUUAAGUUUGUUUUUUUUUAAGCAUGAGUGGAAUUUCAUUUCACCUCCUGAAACUGAAUUGAUCUACAUUUAAUGAUGUACGGUUGAAGUCGGAAGUUUACAGACACCUUAGCCAAAUGCAUUUAAACUCAGUUUUUCACAAUUCCUAACAUUUAAUCCUAGUAAAAAUUCCCUGUCUAAGGCCAGUUAGGAUCACCACUU